CUCAGGCUAGCCGUCCGAGCCGUCCGCAAAGCCUCAGGCAAUACGGUAGUAGAGCACAGCUUCUUUCCAUAGACUGGCAUCAAGGGGCGAGAGGGGACAAGAAUGGCUACCGCAUCUGCAAGGGGUGUUGUACCGCUGUUUAAUUGACGAGGCAGCCGAGUGACCAACGGAGAAAUCGAGGGAAGGGCUGAGUGGAAGAUGUGGUUGGGCUUUGCCUGAGGUUGCAUUCUGUUCCCUUGGAUUCCUCGUGCUCUGUUCCGCGUUUGUUCAGAGCUGACUCGGGAAGAAACAAGAGGGUGUGCUGGGUGGGAUUCUGGGGAGUGCCAUCAGCUUCCUUAGCAGCUGGGCAAGUCGCAAGGACCCCUGCUUUCAACAGUAUGUUGAAUGAGCAAUCGCAAGCAGUCGGGUGUAGCAGAUUGACCUGGAAUUGUUCCAUAUAUUUUCUCAAGUAGCUGUGCUCUAAUCAUACUGGCCUCACUUGGUCCUUUGGGUGGGGCAGACUGUUGCAUGGUGCAGGCAGAGGCUUCAUUGCUCCUAGCAGCGUAGCUGUUGGGAAAGAAGACGUCCCAGUCAUUGUCCUAGUCAUCAUCCUAGUCAUCAAGAACGUUUGAAGCAAUAGCUGGGCAAAGUGUUGGUUGCAAUUUCGUUAAACAUGAGCGAGGCCCUGUCGGUUCUGCCGCACAGGCAUGACAGUCCCAUCCCCAAAGUGCUCGGGCAGUCUGGCUGAUUGCUCGUCUGCUCGCUUGAAUCCUUCUCGUAAGCCGCAGUCAAGUUGCAGGGUCGCACCCUCUCAUGGCGGAGAUUGAGGAAGCUGAGAUUGAGGCAGAACCAGCGGCAGGGCCGUCUGCACACUGGGAACAUGAUCAUGCUGCAACCAGCGGCGAGGGCCGGAGACUCUGUCCCGUGUGUACGUUUCUCAACGACGAGGAGGGCGAUUCCAUGCAGUGUGGGAUGUGCCACAACUCUUUUUGUGAAGAUCUCUGGGCUAGUGCGAGUGCUGCGGACCUCCAACGAUCGUCGGACAGUGGAAGCAAUGAAAGGAACUGGAGUCUCAGCAGUUAUAUACCUGGACUUGCGCAAGGCCAGAGCCUGAUCAAUGGAGCGGUGUCUGGGGCCCUCACGGGCAUGUUUGCAUUCGUGGGGGCGUGCACCGGGGCGGUUGCUGGGGCACUGGCGGGGAGAGCGACCGACAGCGGUGUCCUUCGGGGGGCGGGGCUGGGCCUCAUAGCGGGGGCGGUGGUCAGCGUAGAGGCGCUAGAGAGGGCCCGGGAGAUGUGGAAGUCGGCGCUGGAACGACUGGGGGUCUCGAUGUCAGCGGGAAACGUGCCCCCUGCAACGAUUGAGUAUAUCGAGGACCUGCUACAAGACCGCUUUGGACGGGGCAUCUCUUUGCGAGGGAAUCGAUGGCAGGUCGAAGUGGACGACAUGAGCUACGAGGAGCUGUACGAAUUCUUUGGCCCGGGCCGCGUGACGUACGGAGCGUCGCCUGCGGCGAUUGCCAGCCUGCCCCUGCACACCAUCGGCGAGCGGGAUCGGCGAGACAGCGUUGGGAACCCAAUUGGCUGCCCAAUCUGUUUACAGGAGCUGUGCGCUGGCGACCGGGCCCGCUCCUUGCCAUUCUGCCGCCACACUUUCCACCAACCCUGUGUGGACACGUGGCUUUCCCAACACGGAAUCUGUCCUGUGUGCCGGCACGACAUACGAGAGUCCUUCUCAAGAUAACAAGCGGCCCAGACCCCUGGUUCUUCAUUAUGCACAGCUACAUAAACAUGCGCUGAACGUGCAUCCGGGUGCAGUGUGUCGAGCUGCCCCGCUCUGUAAAGCUAGCUGAUACGUCUCGGAAUUGUACGGUAAAGCGAGUGACUAGAAUUUUUUGGGGUCCUGGUCGGUAAGCUUGGCGGGCAUACAGAAACGUGGUUCUUCAUUCUAUAGAUGGCUCAAGAGUUCGAGAGCGUGGCCCUGAAGUGGAGGCAGAGUAGAUUUUACCCACUCGAUCACCGCUCAUUCGUCGAAAUGUACACAAGUUAGCCCUCCUAUAUGUAGCUUGAAAGAUCUACAUGCAGUCGCACGCUUAAAGUCAUGAUCAAGGAGGAUGAAAGGUUGUGAAAGACUUGUAGUCCUGGGGCACUUAGGUGUCAAGUAUUGGUCCCGUGAACCAUAUUGACGCUGACAAUGAGAUGUCUGGGAACUAAGUAGCAAUAUUCAUUAAUGUCUGCUGGAGCUUGAUUUGCUGAA